AUGGCGGCGCAGGAGCCAAUGGCGAUAGUGAUGCGGCUGAGAAAUCAGUUACAGUCCGUAUAUAGACUUGACCCUUUGAGAAAUGAGGAAGAAGUUAAAAUGAAAAUCAAAGACUUGAACGAACAUAUCGUCUGCUAUCUGUGCGCGGGGUACUUCAUUGACGCGACAACGAUAACUGAGUGCUUGCAUACAUUCUGUAAGAGCUGUAUUGUGAAGUACCUCCAGACCAGCAAAUACUGUCCAAUGUGCAAUGUAAAAAUCCACGAAACGCAGCCUCUGCUCAAUCUGAAGCUGGACAGAGUGAUGCAAGACAUUGUCUGCAAACUGAUUCCAGGGCUGCAGGAGAGAGAAGACAAACGAAUCAAGGAGUUCUACCAGUCACGUGGUCUAGAGCGUGUUAUCCAGCCUUUAGAUGACGAUGCAAUGCUGGAUACUGCAGGUUUGCCAUGCACCGGCUUUGAUCACUCGAAGGCCCACUUCUACCGCUAUGACGAGCAGGUCUCACUCUGUCUGGAGAGGCAAAGUUUGUCCUCAUCACUGUCGUCUGGAAAGGAUGAAAACAAGUUGGCACGGCAGAGGUUUGUGCGCUGCUCAGCAAGAGCCGAGGUGCGGCAUCUACGCGGGGCGCUGUGUCACAGACUCCACCUGGAGAGGCACCAGGUCCAGAUGUUGUUCAACAAUGAGUCCUUACCAGAUCACAUGACCAUGAAGCAGCUGUGGCUCUCCCACUGGUUUGGCAAGGCACAGCCUCUUGUUCUUCACUACACAAUCAAAGACAAGAGAGUGGGAUAG